UAAAGCACCACCACGGAUUCUGCUUUUCGUGUUAGACGUCACAUUUCCUAAUUGUCAGCUUUUUGUCAGCUUUUGUCUUUGCUGUCAAGAGCUUGCGUUGUGGGAAAUGCUUCUUUAAUACACUCGAUUAGAGAUAGAAUGUACCUACAUGGAGUCUGCAGACAUCAGGUCCAAUGUGUACUGGAUGUUUGUGAAGAUGGACCAGGCUCCCUGAUGAACAGCACAACGUCUCAUCGUGCGGAGGACAGGUGGAAGCUCUUAGCCAGGUCUAAGAGCAUGGUGAUGGGGGAACUAACCAGGGCGUCAAGUCGGCCAUCCUCCCCUAGCCUCCAGGAGAAAACACUGAAAUCUGGCUGGCUGAAGAAACAACGCAGCAUCAUGAAGAAUUGGCAGCUACGCUGGUUUGUGCUGAAAACUGACCAACUUUACUUCUACAAAGAUGAAGAGGAAACCAAGCCUCAGGGCUGCAUCCCAUUACACGGCUGCCAAGUAAACGAGUUAAGUGCCAAUCCUGAAGAGCCUGGACGGCAUCUUUUUGAGAUAGUUCCAGGAGAGAAGGACAGAUCAGCUCCUAGCCAUGAUGCCUUUCUGCUUAUGGCAAACUCCCAAAAUGACAUGGAGGACUGGGUCAAAGCCAUCAGACGUGUCAUCUGGGCACCUUUUGGCGGAGGAAUCUUUGGUCAGCAUCUUGAAGAUACGGUGCAAUAUGAGCGAAAGUUUGGGACCCGCCUGGCACCUCUGCUGGUGGAGCAGUGUGUGGACUUCAUACGAGACCAAGGUCUGAAAGAAGAGGGCCUCUUCCGCAUGCCAGGACAGGCAAACUUAGUCAAAGAGCUCCAGGAUGCUUUUGACUGUGGUGACAAACCUCUGUUUGACAGUAAUACUGAUGUUCACACGGUGGCAUCUCUGCUGAAGCUGUACCUCAGGGAGCUGCCUGAACCCGUCAUCCCCUUCAACAAAUAUGAGGACUUCCUCACCUGUGCCCAGCUACUGCUGAAAGAUGAGGACGUGGGCCUCAGUGAGCUGACAAAGCAGGUGAACACACUUCCUCAAGCCAAUUACAAUCUGCUGAAGUACAUCUGCAAGUUCUUGGAUGAAGUCCAGUCUCAUGCUAAUGAAAAUAAAAUGAGUGUUCAGAACCUUGCAACAGUAUUUGGACCAAAUAUCCUCAGAGCAAAAAUGGAGGAUCCUGUUUCAAUGAUGGAGGGAACAUCUCAGGUGCAGCACCUCAUGACAGUGCUGAUCAGUGAGCAUGAAAGACUCUAUGGAGACAAAGAGGUCGAGACAUCCUCAAAGCAGAGCAAGAUACCUGCUCAGGGUCAGUGUGGCAUGGCAGUUUGGGGUUCAGAGGAGGAUAUGCAAAACUCUUCUAGCCAGACCUCUAGCCUUCCUGACCAUGAGUGUGGCAGUGCCACAUCUCUGGAUAUAAACACAGGCAUAGCCAAUAAUGCAAAGCAGGCACCUCAGGGAAAAGCUGGGCUGCUGAUCAGCCCAAGCAAACAGGCCAAAUCUCUCCCUUCCUGGAAAUACUCUUUUAAAAGCAGCAGUACACGGGCUCAGCUGCCUAAAAUUGGAGGCUCAUCGGUAGACGUAUCAAACAGUGGGAACUGGCUGAUGAACGGCCUGUCAUCUCUGAGAAGCCAUCGGCGCACAUCUUCGGGAGAGCGCGUCGGCAAGGAUUCAGUGCUGUCUCAUCGCCUUUCCACCUAUGACAAUGUAACUGCAUCCAGUGUGAGUGUACCCAGCGUGGCCAGCUCUCCGUGGUCCACUUCCUCCUGUGAGAUAUCAGUGGUGAACUCUGUGAGCAGCGAGCCUUCUGCAUUGAGCCUGGACAAGGACAAGUGGGAGGAGACACGGCAGGACGAGAAAGAUAUCAUAGAAAGUAAUGAAGCACUGGAAUUGUGUGUAAGCAGCACAGGAUGCAGUGAGUAUGGGAACAUGGAGAAUAACGUGGAUGAAUCAACAGACCAUUAUGACAACUCACAAACUCUUACCAGCCUUAUAAUUGAUCUGAAGGAUGAGCUGAAGAAACAAAAAAUUAAUUAUGAAGCUCAAAUACGGAGGCUGGAAGAUAACAGUGCAUUGCUCACUCAGCAGGUUAACAGGUUAGAGGAUAAAUUAGAUCAGGAGAGGAAGAAGUACAGAAUGUUGGAAAUUAAACUGCGGAACUCAGAACGAGCCCGUGAGGAUGCAGAGAACCGGAACCGACUUCUGCAGAGCGAGAUGGAGGAGUUUUUCUCCACUUUAGGAGAUCUAACAAUGGGGACAAGGACAAACAAAAUGUGACACUUAACACUAGAUGCAAUUUGAAAUCUCUUUACUCGUGUAUCAUGAGUAUUUUAAGGCAACUUCAUGAUGUUUCACUGUAGCCACUUGAUCAACUCUCAUCUAUUAGUAGCAAAUCUCUUUUCUGCUCUUAAAAUUCAGCUUGACAUUUUAGGAUACAUUUAAUUAUUAUUAUUAUUAUUAUUAUUAUUAUUAUUAUUACAAUCACCGGCAUUUCAGUCGCUUCACUUCCAGUAUGCACAGAUGAUACCAAAGCAUGAUAUUACUGAUUGAUUUCAGUUGAUGUAAUUAUGGUUGUCUACACCUAAUGCUUUUCAUAAGACAGAUUAUUUCCAUUAUAGUGCCUUUUGUGUUGAUGCAUGGUAUUGGGAAAUGACAGUUUAGCCACAGUCGAAGCAUAUCGUCUCAUCUCUCCAUAUUUUGUAUGUCUUUUACAAGCUUCCUAUAUUAAGUUUAUGACCACAAAGUACCUAGAGCUGUUAAGUCUUAAAGAAAUAGAUGAUGGCAAAUGAUUACUGGUUUAGUCAAUGACUGUUACACUUCCCACCUCAUUUAGCAAAUCCCUUUAUCUUAGUGAUAUGCACUUUGCUAAAGAAGAAUAUUUGAGAAGAAUGGUGGCAAGGCUAAUAAAUAAACUAUAGUUAAUAGUUUGUAUAUUUAUUCCUUUUUUUUUUAAAUCAAUUUAACAUCAACAAGGUUGUCACAGUUAAGAGGAUUAUUACUGUAUAACUUAUUUCUCAAGUGUUUCUGAAAAACAAAACAACAACACUGAAUAAACAUGCUGUUUUUUGCUAAAUAGCAGAAAUAAA